UCACUCUCCUAUUCCCCCCGUUUUCGGAAGAACCCGUUUCGAAACCCCGUGACGGCCGUAAAGUAUCUUUGUUUUUUCUCUCUCCUCAACCUCCCGCUUCCUGUCACAUUUUCUCUCUCUAAAAUUUUGGGGCUUUUGUUUUGUUUUUCUCUCUCCUCAAAAACGCCAUUAAACCCCGCGAAAAAAUACCUCCAUUGAAGGAGGAGAGUGAGAGAAUGGGAGCUCUUGCUCUUACUACACCAUGGAUUCCCGAAGAUGACCUUCUGCUAAAGAAUGCAAUCGAGGCGGGUGCUUCCUUGGAAUCACUAGCGAAAGGUGCAGUGCAAUUUUCACGGAGGUUUGCAUUUAAGGAAUUGAAAGAGAGAUGGCAUGCCCUCCUCUACAAUCCUAAUAUAUCGACGAGAGCUGCUGAACAAAUGGUAGAGUUAGAACGUUCUGCAUCCAACCUUGCUUCGAAAUCUAAUAGAGCUGACAAUUCAAAAGGAAUUAAAAAUGUUCAUGGGAAGAGGAAGGUCGAAAGUGUUCGUAGAUGUUAUUAUGCUAUGAGAAAAAGAGUAUGUAAUGAGCCUAAUAACCAGGGUGAUAUAACUUUUCUUGUUGGACCUGGUGAUAAUUGUUUUAUGGAUGGGGCUCAAGCCCCUGUCCCAGAUGACCUGCUUGGAGAUCCGAUGGCUGGUCAUUUCGGGCUUGGGGAAUAUGAAUCUGUCGAUUUUGAUGAUUUGCGCAAUGAAUUUCCCCAAGUCACGGGGAAUGGUGCUCCAUCUUGUGGUGUUGGUGAAUUUCCCAUUCAGCAACAUAACACAUUUGAAAAUCAUAUGGAGAAAAACACUAUGUUACCGGAUAACUUGUGCUCUAGUUUUGAAGGAAAUACAACCUUCAAUACAUCUAUACCUGACCGUGGAACUCAAUUUCAUUUGCAAUACACAUCUCCACCCCCUGCAAUUCCUGAUUGGAAUACAAUGGAGGGUAUGUCAGUGCCAGAAAUGCCUAAUAAUAUUAGCAUUAGUGGGAAAAACAUACAUUCCGGAGAUCCAUUUGUUGAUGGCAAUGCUGUAGGAACAUCUGAGUAUGAUGUUAUGCACACAGAUCCCAAUUUGACCAAUCAAAUGCCAGGUGAUGACUUGGAAAAUCCAGCAGAUUGCACCGAUGGCAUGUUUGCCGGGUUGACUUACGAUUUCAUAAGUGAUGACGAGAUGCCUAUCUUUGAUGGAGGGAAGGGUGGUAUUGAGAAUACGUAUCUGGACAUGUUUAGUGCACUCUUAUUGGACUCCCCUAAUGACGUUAAUGAAGAAGACAGAUUGCCCUAUGUGCUUGAACCAAAAGACCCAAGUAAUGCAGACGGUUAUAUUGAUAAUCCUAGUAGUUCUGGUGCAUUUGAAAAGAAUGAUGCUGGUGGUUCUCACAUGGGUGAGAUUAAUCUCCAAAACUGUCCAGACACUCAAAUGCCUACAUCCACUACAUGUGUCAACUCUGACUAUCCAGAAUUUCGUGAUGGUGUUAUUUGCUGCACAUUAAAUACCGAGGAUCCUGAAAUUCCCUGUAACGAUGAUAUUGUUUUUCCUAGUAACAAUAGUAAGUCACGGCCAGCAUCUGCCAAUAGAAGAACUCAGAGUGAGGCUAAUAAGCCACCAUCACAUGGUAAGGAUAACACAGGCGCUCAAUCCUGUGGAAAAGCUCUUAGCACAAUGAAGAGAGAGCAGAAACGAUUUGGAGAACCACAUCCAGCUUCCCAGGCACGAGGUUCAGAUGUGGGACUGAUUCGUGCUGUUGAUGAGAUUGGGGUUAAAUUUGAGACAUCUAGGCUUGAAAAGCUUAGUGGCCACAGGACUUCAACUAGCAGCUAUGGAGGACCAUGUCAAAGUAGUCAGGCAGUUAAGAAGGAACCUUUAGAACUUCCUCUGGCUAGACAGCCUGCCUGCAGUGUUGCUGAGAGAUCAGGCCAGAUUGCAGAUGUAGGCUGUCUACAAACUGCUGUUGCGAAAACUAGUCAGGAAGCGCAGAGAUCAUCGGCCCUUAGAAAUCAGGAAGCACACAUAGUGGGAUCUGGGGAUUGUACAGCUGCAGAACCUGGCAUAGAGCCAUUAUUAUCUGACCCUGAAGAGCAAUUUUCUGAGAGCGACACUGAUAUUCCUUAUUUUUCUGAUGUUGAAUCAAUGAUACUUGAUAUGGACUUGGACCCAGAAGAUCAGGACUUUUUCUGUAGUAGAGAAGUUGCAAAAUAUCAGCACGAGGAUGUGAAGAAGGCAAUCAUAAGGUUGGAGCAAAAUGCACAUUCAUACAUGCAGAGAGCCCUAUCAUCACAUGGUGCAUUUGCGAUAUUAUAUGGUCGGCAUUCAAAGCAUUACAUCAAGAAACCUGAGGUCUUGCUAGGGAGAGCAACGGAUGAUGUUAUGGUUGACAUUGACUUGGGUAGAGAAGGGCGUGCAAAUAAGAUAUCAAGGCGGCAGGCAAUUAUAAAGAUGGACAAAGACGGAUCUUUUAAUCUAAAGAACACUGGAAAAUGUUCACUCUAUGUGAAUAGCACGGAAGUCUUCCCAGGGCAAAGUCUUGGUCUGCACCCAAAUUGCUUGAUUGAGAUAAGGGGAAUGCCAUUCAUAUUUGAGACAAACCAGGCCCGCGUUAAGAAAUAUUUGGAUCAUGCUGCCCAGAAAGUUGAGGACAAGAAGCUAAAUAUGUAGAGUUGGACGACCAGUGGAGGUGCUUGUUUUACUGCACUUUCUUGGUUCAAUUUUUUUAGGUCUUAGGUCUUUGUAUCUACCCUGCUGAUUGCAUAGGAUAAGGUGAUGUUUAGAAGUAGGCCUGUAAAUUGAAUGCUUAACUCAAAACUAGUUGGUUAAUUAUCAAGAUUCGUUGUUUUCA